AGCAUUGGACAGCAGCUGAGCUGAGUGCUCCUCCUCGCCUCAAUCAUCCUUAAAACCUGCUGGAAACACACCGACACGCACUCAUUUACCUGCUGCUGAUAACCGGGACAAGAUGUUCUGCAGACGGGCAUUGCAGAGAGUCGGGCCGCUGGCACGGAGGGCUUUCAAACCCACAUCCAAUAAUGCAGCUCCAGUGCGACACAUGGCCUUUGGGGUCCCUGGUGGCUCCAGCAACAUGGCGUACUUUGUCCUGUGUGGAGGCGGCCUCACUGCUGCUGUCGUCUAUGCCUACAAGACAGUCAAUGGUGACGGUGUGGACAAACUCGCAAACAUGGACUCCACAGCAAAGGCUCCUUCGGCCGAGGUAGUGCCAGAAGUGGUGGCUCCUGCAGCUGAACUCGCCGAGGUAGUCGCCGCGGAGGUUGUUGCCGAGGUCGUGGCGGAGUCUGUCCCUGCUCCAGCAGUAGCGGAGCUCGCUGCCGAACCGGUCGCUGAGGCAGUGUCUGAAGAAGCGCCCGCCGCCGUGGCCUCUGAGGUGGUCGUCGUUGAGGCUGCAGCUGAGCCAGCAGUCACAGAAGAAGCCGCUGUAGUGGCAGACGCUGUCACAGAAGAAGCCGCUGUAGUGGCAGAGGCUGUCCCUGAAGUUGCGGCCGCAGAGGAGACUCCUGCAGUAGAGGCCCCUGCAGCAGAAGAAGCCCCCGCAGCGGAAGCCCCCGCAGUAGAGGCCCCAGCAGCAGAAGAAGCCCCUGCAGCAGAGAGCGCUGGUACGGCAGCAGUAGAUGAAGUUCCUCCUGCGCCCGCCGCUGAAGCAGAGACGGGCUCUGCAGCCCCAGAGGCAGAGGCUGCCCCUGCUGCAGAGGUGGCUGCAUAAAGCUGUGACGGUGCAAUAGUUGCCGAGAAAGUAGGGCUCAGAGUUAGUUGUGCUGUGUCCCACCUCUGUGACCCAGGAAAAAUGGACUCAUGGACCCCUAGUUUUCAUUUUUUUUUGCUUUUAAUACCAUAAGGGUUCAUCAGUCCAGUUUUCCAGUGCCUUCCUUCCUUUACCCAACCUUCAGACCCAAACCAGAACAUUUGUCAUCAGGCUGUUGAGAUUCAGUUUGGAAAAUUCAGUUUCUAUAGGAAUUUUUUUUAAAUAACUAGAGCAAAUGCAAAUCAUGGUUUGGCAGCUGUACAGUUAAUAAGAGUGUUGAUUUAGGUGGUAUAAGGGAUAUAACAGAGUUAUGUUCUGUGAGAUGUUGUUCUAAAGUGCCCUUAAAACAUGACGGCCUCGCAUUUUCCUCUAAAUGUCCGUACGGUGACUGAAUGUAGCCCAUUUGAUAAAUUGUUCAAGUUGUCUUGUGUCGUUCAAAAUCAUUUGCACUUGGUCUUCUGCUCGACAAAUACUUAUUUCCAGCUACAGCUCAUGUAUCUUUGCUUAGGCUAGGAUUCUCAUGCAAACGGUAGAGAGAUGGAACAAAUGGUCAGUGCGCCUCGUUUUGUUUUAACCGUCUCACAUUGUGAAGUAUGACCAAAAACCAGUUGGCUCUUUUUCCUGGCUGCAGCACCUGUCUAGUCUUCUUGAUAACUUUUGCUCAUCACCGCCUCCUAAUGCGUUUACUCCAUAAGGAGAUGUUCGGUUUUUUUUUUUUUCUCGCACAUUCAAACUUUUAUUUGCCAGCCAGUGUUUAACUCGCUUCUCCCGUUUCUUUACUCUUUAAAUGUGAAAUCUUUCAGGGAACACUACAGAAAAUUCCAUCACCUGUUUUUUGCAAGUUGUCAUUAAUACAGUCAAUAUUUCAAAGAAUAAAACAUCACUGGAUGAGAA